AGGUUUUUGUGCCUCGACGUCGUAAAAGUUUUCGUAAAAUUUCAGGAACGGCGUUGUCCAGAUCUAUAACAAACAGGAGUAGUUCUAAUUUGCUCCGUCUCAGUAAUUCCGACUCUAGCGAGAGUGCUCUGUCCGGUUUGUCUGAAUAUUCUUCGAGGAACGAUUCAUUCUCAAUUUUCAGGAGAGGGCACCUUCCGUCUUCAAGCUCAACUUCCACCACGAUUGACUCUGGGUUUUCUGAGAUCAGCCUGGCUAGUAGCUCGUCGCUGAGUCAUUAUGGCAGCAGUUUUGCAGAUAAUGGCAGUUCAUUUGCGUUAUCGGAAACAUCUUCAGCUGACUUUCACAAUUCUUUCAAUACUAGAAGAAACUCUUCUGAGAAUUAUCCAAUCAGAACCACCUUAGGCAAUUCAAGGUUAGGUCUGGCGCUCAUCUUAGUUGUAGCUUCAGAUAAUGACAGAUACCGUGAUACAUUUAUUCAGCACACAAACUUUGUCGAGUCCAUUUUAUGGCGUUUGAGGCAGUAUAUAGAGAUCGCCUUACAUUCUCCUAGAUAUUUUGUUUCUCUGAUGUUGGACAUUUCCAUAAAUUCUGCCAACUGGUUGUUAGAGAUUGCGAAUGGUCUUGGUAAAUGGACGAAAGAAGAUUGUGAACAAAGAGAUGAGAAACAGGACGGGAAGAGUUCGGUUUCCAGAAGUAUUUUCAGCAAUUUAGCAUCGAAAAACAUCUUACAAUUUUUCCAAAACAAGUUGGAUGUACUGAGCUUCAAAAAAAGUUUGUUUCUCAGAAAAGAAAAAGAUGAUUUUGACUUUUUUUGCGAAUUGCUCAAAGAACUGGACACGAAAGAGACAAAUUUUUUUCUCAGCACCCUUCUAACAGCUGUGCUAACGCACCAUACAGGGUGGAUAUCAACUUGUUACACUUCGAAAAAGCUGACCUUGACCGAUUCUUACAACGCUCUCUGGCGGCAGUUGAUGGAUCUGCAGGGAUCUACAGCAUACUUCACGAAAACUUCGAAGACUGUUAUCUACGGUUUGAAAGAUGAUUCCAUUAUUAUUAAAAGAAUACUUGAGUUUCUUCGUUACUUCAUAAGAUGUAUUAAAGUACAAAAAAGGGAUGUAGAACGUCUGGAUAUUGCCGCAGAAAAUAGAAUCGCUGAUGAAAUAUGUGACAUGGCAUUUGGUAGAAUUUCUGAAAGUUCUGAUCCAACAAAUUCUGGAAAACAAAAAGGCUUGAGUAAAAUCAAAUCUGGCUUAAUUAAAACCAAAUCGGGGCUGAUAAAAACCCAAACGGUCGGCGUGGAUUUGUCGCAACUUGCAGAUUCAGAAGACGAGGAUGUACAGGAUUAUCGUCGCAGUUCCGUUAUAUUUAUAUUGGGCGAUGAUGAAAGACUAGAAAAUUUAAAGAGAUCUUCAGGUGCGGUUUUAAAGAAACCCGGAAAUAAGCGAUAUUCUCGAUCGGAUUCUCUGGAUAUCGUCGAGGAAGAGGAUGAAAAGCUUGACAAGCCGACUAAAAUGAAAAUAAUUAAUUUUCCGUUACCUAAGGUCAAACCUCGUGGUGAUUUUUUGGACACUGUGCCAUUUGAACUAUCGCUAACGAAUAGUUCCCUAAAUACAUUCGUACCGGAUAUGGUAAUCCAAGGUACCACCGUUCCAGAAAGUGAAUGGAAGCCAAUACUAAAGACUGAUCUUUCGCUUAGUAGUUACCCUAGUUAUAACUUUGAAGAAUCCGUAGUCGUUUUAGGAAACACGAGUAAAUGGGAGGUGCAAAUAUGGUCCAGUAAUCGCAAUAGAAUGUACAAGGGGCACUUGGAAGAAAGUGCGGAUGCUUCACGACUACUUUAUAAUAUUUUAGAAGUCGUUUUGAAAAUGUGGGAAAUGAAUUUACCAAAGCAAUGCUGCACAACGUUCAUGGAACAACGUUUGAUGGGAAUUUGUUUGAAAGCUAGCACCCUAGCUGAAUUUUUACUAUCGAAAGACUUCUGCUCAAUAGAUCUUCUCGUUUCAGCACUAAAUAUUAGCCCCGUAGAUGUACCUCUUCUGAUGUCUGUAGUCUCAACUUUGUAUCCAGAAGUUUCAGAAAAAUAUGGCUUUAGUUAUCAGUGACAGUGAUAAAAAUAUUCGGUUUCCACCUAUUAUAUUUGAGAAAAAAAUACAUUUAUGAAAUCAA